CUGUCCACGAUGUACUGACCACUGGUAACUGGCGGGUUCGCGCUCGAAUUUAGGUCGAGGUCAUUGCGCAUUAGUGGUUGAGAAGGUAUGGACGGAGCUCCGAAGGUCAAAUUCCGUGUGAACGAAACAGUGGAGAUACACCUCAACACAGCCAGCCGGACUUCAAAUUUCGAAAGCCACAUUGACUGCCGACGACUCCACAUGCGUUUGCACCGAAGAAAGAGUUGUCGUCGAGAUGCCUAGUCUGGGUUUGCAGAAGGAUGAGCAGAUCGCGGUAGACGAUCAGGGACAAGAAAGAUUGAUGAGUGAUCUAAUGCCAAGUCAUGCACGAGCUCCUCCAGUUGACCCACGAAUCGCAAGAACGACAACGUCAUACCGUGAACGUGAUCCUCUCUCAACGCGUCUUCCUGGACGUCUAUCUUCAAACACUACCUAGCAUCGACUACCACAGACCAGGACAACAACUGUCAUGGAUUUUGCGUUACAACACAAGGGCCAGCUGGGCGCCGUCACAGCAUUGGUUUUGUACUCUGCCGCCAAAAAUAAACUGACACCAGGCGGCAUUGUGGCCGCGGUCGUGACUGCGGAAAUACACAUGAUGCAUCCCUGGGGUGUGUUCUUCAACCUCCUCGUAGGUUUCUUCAUUGCCGGUACUGUGGGCACAAAGAUCAAUCAUACAACAAAGAAGACCCUCACUCAAUCUGCAACCGGAGGAGUAGGUGGCGAAGGUGCACGUAACUACGCCCAAGUAUUGGCCAACUCGGGCACGGCAUCAGUAUUGAUCUUGUGGCAUCUCUACGCCUCGCAAAAAGGAACAGGUUUGAAGGAUGAGUACAGCUUGACUGAUGUGAUUCCGUUUGGCAUUGCUGCAUCUUAUGCUGCUGCCGCCGCCGACACUCUCAGUAGCGAACUUGGUAUUCUCUCACCAAGCUCUCCUGUGCUUAUCACUGCGCCCUGGCGUAAGGUUCCUCGCGGAACUAACGGAGGAGUCACGAUCACUGGUCUUCUUGCUGGCCUUGCAGGCUCUGUUUUCAUCUCUACACUUGCAUACUUCACCCUGCCCUUCUCUCGCAUGGCAUGGACUGGAGAUUCCAAGUUUCUUUUUUGGGUCACCUUGACCCUUGCUGGAUUCAGUGGUACUCUCUUAGACUCUCUGUUGGGUGCCUUGGUCCAGGCUACCGUUGAGGACAAGAGCAGCGGCAGAAUUGUCGAAGGAGACAAUGGCAAGAGAGUCAAGGUCACUGCAGGAGGUAGCAGAGUUCAGAGAGGUAUGGAUGUGCUCAACAACAAUGGCGUCAACUUUGCUAUGGCUGCUACAGUUGCUGCUGUAGGUAUGGGUGUGUGGAACUCGAUGGUGCAGAAAGUGAUUCUGGCUUAGACCUUCUUGAGCUUCGAAGAUUCGGGUUUCAGCUGGCGAGCGAUCUCUCAAGUGCAAGCUUGGGUCUAUAUAUCAUCGAGUAACCAAACGUAUUACAUCCAUUUGCAGUCACCUUUACCAACGGUAACACACGAUGUUUUUAGUAGCAGCGAUGAUGCUCUUGGUGGAGCUGUUAUGCCAAGACUUUUUCGU